AUGAGCAACGAAGCCGAGCAGCAGCCGCAGAGCCUCCGGGCUCUUUUCCACGGUGCAGAGGCGAAAAGAAAGGAGCUUGAGUCUAGUUAUGACUCGAACGGCGAUGCCUACCAGCAGAAGCUCAGCUCAGCCAUCGCCACCUAUGAAGAGUGCCUGAAAGUUGCCGACCGCGUUUCGCUAUUCAGCCCCAACGAGACCCUGGAAGACGUGGCGUCCGGAGACUUACAAUACAUGGUCAUUAACUACCAUCUCGCUGAGCUGUUCCAACGCAUAGUGGGCACAGACCGCAAGUCCAUCCUCAUCAACGCCCGUGAAAGCUACGAGAAAUUCAUGAAGUUGCUCGACAGCUAUGACGUCCUGUCGAAGCCUGAUGCCAAGCUCUAUGAGAAGUACCAAGAGUCCCCCAACUCCUUCUCCACUGCAUCCACUACAGAUGCUGCCGCCAGACGCGACACAAAGAUCUCCCGCUUCAGAGCCGAAAAAGAGCUGAAGGCGAAGCUUGAGCAUCUCAACCAAAACCCAGCCGCUUUCCAAAACGACGAGGAUGCCCUGCGUCAGCUGUACCUUACAAAUAUCGCUCUUUGCGUGCACCAGACCUUUGCAUCUCUCGAGUCACUGGCGCAGGAGCUACAAAUUCUUGCCAUGGCGCCGCCGGCGCGUUCGCCAAAUGCGGCUCCCACCGCAGAGGAUUCGCGGCAGCGUGACCGCCGAGGUGACGGUUAUUCGGAGCGCCUGGAUUCACCGCUUGCGGGCCUGGCAAGCCGAACUGGGCCUAUUCUGAGCGCAGAUGGAAAGCCAAUGCGGCCUUUUACGCUUCUCGACAGCAGACAAAGGGUACAGCAAGGUGUCUUCCGGCCAGAUCACAGCUUACCCACCAUGACCAUCGACGAAUACCUGGACGAAGAGAGGAAGCGGGGAGGCAUCAUCGAAGGAGGCGGCGAGCAGUCGGGGAUGCAACCGGAACCGGACGAGGACAACUGGGAAAAGGCCGAUGCUGAGACGCUGAAAGCGCGCGCAUGGGAUGACUACAAGGACGACAAUCCCAAGGGUGCUGGAAACACGAUGAACAGAGGCUGA